ACUCAAUGACAGUCUAAGACCAUUCGGGUGGUUUCCUUCCAUUCCAGGCAUGAUGCACACCAAGAUUCCACAGAAUUAUAUAAAUUGUUAACCCAUAUAUCCUUAAACUGCAUGUAUGAUAAUAUAUAAUAAAAGACUAAAACACGUCGUGCAACUACCGAUUUUAGGAGAGACGCCGCUAUCAUGUCAGGAGUAAAGGCAUGCUUACAGCCAAUAGAGGGACCUGCUCGCGUUGGUGGAGAGUAUGGUGCUGUAUCAGGCAGCAGCCCAAACUGGCGCGGUAACUUCUGUGACUUAGGGAGGUCGCACAACGCUGGACCAUCAUCUGAGUUCGGCUCACAAGGUUUCGCGGUUUGGGAGCAAUCCUCAGCUGUUCGUGAACCCGGACUAAGACGGCACAUAGAGCAGCCUUGUUCCAGCAGCUAUGCGGAGCCGACGGUCAUGGGCGGCCACACAUCCUACUACGGACGGCGAACUGUGAGCGACGCGUCUGAAGCAACAACAUAUCGGCGAACGCUCAAGUUGAUUCCGGAGCCUGUACGACCUGAGCGGCCGGAGGGCAAACGCAGCAUCCCAGAGCCCCAAGGCCCCAUGCCGCUGCACCCACGCGGCAUGCGCCCGCCGCCGGACGAUGUGCGAUACCGGCCAGCUGGCGGACUGGCAGAGCCGCCGCUGCCAAAACUGGGUCGCCCUGACGGCAUAACCGGGUUGCGUGAGAGCGACAAAGAAACCAACUUUGAUGCGUCGCUGGGCCGAAAAAUUCGUGUCGGGCCAGACAGCUACCGCGGCUUGGGGCGGGCUGGCGACCGGAGCCUCGUGUACGGCGCUCCAGCGCGUGUAGAGGAUGAUCCGACGUACUACCGGUCCAUGAAGGAUUCGCCCACCUUCAUGCGGUUUUGCAACAGCCUUCCGCCCAAACCGGCGGUUAGCCCACACCAGCGGCGGGAGGAGGGCAUGCGGCGGCAGGCGGAGCAGGAGAAGCGCCGUGAGGAGGUGCUGGUGUCUACGUUAAACAUUGAAGGGGUGGUGGAUGAGGACUGAGUAUUGAACGUGGCCCAGGGUUUCUUCUGACACAGAGGAGUAGGUAGCAGGGGUCAGGGAGGAAGCCUGUGUACGCGGGCGGGGGACUAGGGGCCAAAGGCUGACGGGCUGAGCGAUUUCGCAGGAAGUAGGCUGGCUUUAGGUAAUAGCCGCUGCGCAAUUAGCUAUGUUCAUAGUCAGAAUUCACUUAGCACUACCGGUAAAUGCUGCGGUACCAGUUGCCUUAAUCCAUCGUCAUGCUAUCGACGUACGGCACUUACAGUGCCGACAGUAAGCCGCUGCUGCGGAUGGCCUUGUAAAGCUGUAAACGACAAAAUCUGCGUUUGCAGCUUGACCUCUGACCAUGUUAUGAGCCGUUUACCCAGCCGUCACUAUUGUUCGUGUUGUCAGUGUUUACUAACCAGAAAGCGAUUUGAGCAAGGAAGAGCUGUGGUAUACAUGCCAGGACUCUUAAACGUUUAACAUCUCAUAGUUAGCUGUUAUACCGCUGUCCUUUCUUUCAAGUUAGGCUAGCAUUUUUUGUGUGACGGCUAAAGAUGAGCCUUCGGAAAGCAGCAAGUCAAGCGGGGCUACUUGGCGUGGCGGCAGCCUCGUCAUCGAGCGCUGGCUGCUCAUCGUCAACGUCUUCUAGCGUACUCGAAAUGGGCCGAGCACUGCAUAGGAUGUUUCUUACAGCUGCGGUACCAAAAGGCUACAUCCAGACGUGGGCGGAGGUGCGGGGCCGGCAAGUGGAGCCAUUUAAUGUUGUCCAGCAAGAAGUCGAGGUCGUUUCCGAACGGUUGCGUCAUAGCGUAGCGACUGGCAUCCCAGCGCUCAAAACCGCAGCUGAGUACUUUUUUCGUCGUGGCAUCGAGGGCAAGCGCCUACGGCCAACGCUGGCGCUGCUGAUGGCCUCAGCGCUAUCGCCAUCAGCACCUCCCCAGGAGUACUUGCAGGUGGAUAUUCGGCCCGCGGACGAGCACGCACCGGAGUUGCGGAGGCGGCAGCAGCGCAUAGCGGAGAUUGCAGAGCUAAUCCACGUGGCAAGCUUGCUGCACGACGAUGUGAUUGACGACGCCCAGACACGGCGCGGCGUCGUGUCGCUCAACAACGUCAUGGGCAACAAGACGGCCAUCCUGGCGGGAGACUUCCUGUUGGCGCGUGCGUCCGUGUCCCUGGCCGCCCUGCGGAAUCCGGAGACGGUGGUGCUGAUGUCGCAGGUGCUGGAGCACCUUGUGUCCGGCGAAAUCAUGCAGAUGACCGCCAGCAACGAGCAGCUACUGGACCUGGACCACUACCUGGCCAAGACCUACUGCAAGACGGCGUCGCUCAUGGCCAACAGCGCACGCUCCAUUGCGGUGCUGGCGGACUCGGGGAAGGAGGUGUGCGACAUGGCGUGGAGCUAUGGUCGCCACCUGGGCCUUGCAUUCCAGGUUGUGGACGACCUGCUGGACCUGACGGGCAGCAGCUCCGUGCUGGGCAAGCCGGCGCUGAACGACCUUAAAAGCGGCCUGGCCACGGCGCCGGUGCUGUUCGCGGCGCAGGAGGAGCCAGAGUUGCGACCGCUCAUCCUGCGGCGCUUCAAGCACGACGGCGACGUUGCCAAGGCCAUGUCGCUGAUUGAGCGGUCACAGGGCAUCCGGCGCGCGGAGGAGCUCGCGGCGCACCACUCCAAGAUGGCCGCGGACAUGAUCCGCUGCCUGCCUGCUGCGCAAUCCGACCACGCGGAGAUUGCACGGGAAGCGCUCAUACAGAUUACACACAAGGUCCUUACGCGCAAAAAGUAAAGGGCCUUACGAUGAGGGCCUCACGGUGAUCCCACGGAUGGUCUGCAACGCUGUUUGUGCUGACGGGGAGACUUGGUUUGUCUGGGCUACAACAACGCUGCUAUGCUGACUUACGACGAUCAGCUUAAGACGUGACGUGUCGGGUUACGGUACCGUUAGACCUUAGGAUGACCCAGAUGGCUGAAAAGGGGAAUACGUGUCUAGACUGCCGACAAGAACCCAGCAAUGCGGCUAGGCUUGGCUUGGAAUGGCUGGGCUGCUAGGCCGGGGGAAGGCCUGUUGGGGUGACUGUGGCUUAAGCCAGACAUGACAUAACCGGGUGACGCGGUAUGUAUCCGCAGUGAUGUGUACGGAUAACACUUUACUGAAAUGACAAUUGUAGGCGCGUCCCGUAGCGUUGGUGGAAGGUGGCAUGGGGUGUUGUGGCCAGCAUGUCAACACAGGGCCUUCUCGACCGUGCUACCGGCAACUGUAUGCCUGCGACAUUGUAGCUGUGUUGACGGCGUUUACACAUGACUUAUUUCAUUGUCAGGGCAUGACGAGCCAGUCGUAAACUUGCAGUGGUGAUACUACGUAGGUGUUCUUAGGCGCAUGGGAGUGCAUGGGAACGCUGGUGUUUGGUGAUGUGCACUGAUAUACGCUGUCGUGGCGCGUGCGUAUCCACGCGGGUUCGUGGGGGAUGCUGGGAAGGUCACACCGCGGCAGGAACGGGCCCAUUUUUAAGCGCUGGUAACAUACGCCGUUAUGCUACAAGAGCUGCACACUUUUGAGCGUUUCCAUUUGUACUUUUGUUUGCAAUGUCCCGCUUCGCAGAGCGGGAUUGCACUGGUGGCAUGUGUAAUUGAGUGCAACUGCCAUCACAUGGGAACUCCGAUCAGUACUCUAUAGAGGAAUGUGUUACUUAUAAUUCCGUGUACUGGCAUUCUUCCACACAGCUACGCAUACUAAGUUAUCUGGACGCCUUGCCGAUGCGAGAAGACGAUCCUCACAACAACUGACAUAAGCUCCACGAUGUCUGCAGCAUCAAGGAAAAGUGACCCCUUUAAUUUUGAUGACAUAUACCGUCAGGCAGGCGUGGAGGAUUUGUUCGUGAAGAAGACCUUGGGCGAGCUGAAACAAAAGCAGGCAUCGCCUGGUCCCGUGCCGGCCUCUUCACCUGCUCGGCCUGUUGCUGCAUCUUCACAAGCAACCAAGCCCGAUGCCUUUAACUUUGAUUUGGACUUCCUAACAUCAGUCACCACACCCGGAGGUGGCGCGCCACCAAACUCCUCGUUCCAGGGCGGCACGGCGAAGCUAACGGUGGCCAGCAGCCAGCAGCGGCCUGUGAUUGCCCCGGCGACACGUGCGCCACAGGAUGAUCCGUUUGCACUCUUCGAGGAGGUUCCUGGAGCAGCCCCCGUGCAGCGGCACGCACCGCCUCCAAUCAAAACUUCAGCACCGACAGGCGGGUUAGGCAACCUGCUGGACUUCGACGACGGUCAAGGCUUUGCACCCGCAGCCCCAAGUUCCGGAGCAGCUGCCACGUCAGGGUCCACGUCGGUGAGCAGUCAGCCGGCCCGCCCAGCACCAACGCCUGUUACCGAGGAGCGGCAGUUGCAGCUGCAGCCAGCCGCGCUUCCUAGCAGGCCUUCGCCCGCAGCGACCCAGCCGCCACCAUCGCCAGCACCACAGGGGGCUCCACCUGCCCCCGCUCCGCCUUCGCCACCGCCCCCUGUGGCGCCGCCUUCGCCGCCACCUCCCGACUAUUCAGAACACGAGGAGCACUACAUGGCUCCUCCGGGCCUUGCUCCCCCUCCGGGCCCAGCGCAGUGGCAGCAUGGCGCUAAUGGCGGCCCCGCACCCUCGUCGGUCCCCCAUGCAGCAGCACAAGCCCCGGACUGGCGCCAUGACUAUGGAAAUUCCGCAGGCUCCGGCUCCUACUUUACGUCCCAUGGCUCCUCGGCCGGCGUGCCGUACUCCCCCCCUGCAUCCUCAUCUGCCGUGCCGUACGGCAGCCAUGGGUCCCAUGGGUCGGCCGGCGGCGGUUCCGGCGGCGGCAUCUCUAGCUACCUGAAGGCCUUUGGCAAGAAGGCGGUGCGGGCGGCCAAGGCGGGGAUCGCCCAGCUGGAACAGGCGCUGGAGGGUUUGGAUCAGUCUGCGGCGUCGUCUGCGUCGUCAUCGUGGGGGCAGCAGCAGCACUCUCAUGCCGGGGGCAGGAGCGGUCCUGGGGGCAGCAGAGGCCACGACGAUGGCGCCGCUAUCAGCAAUGACGAGGCGCUGGCGUGGGCUGUACGACUGGCGGACCUGGCACCGCAUGCACAGCAGCAUGAGCUGUCACAGAUGGCGCCAGCGCUGCGGCGCAGGGUAAUCGAGGUGCUCAGGGAGCAGAUCCGCGUCGAGCAUGAGGCAGCAGCGGCCACCCAGGCGCAAGCGGGUGGAGCAAGCCAGGCAUCGGGACACCUAAACGACGGCUUUGCCCCCGGCCCAUCUUCGGGCGCUGGUUACGGCCACGGAUCAGCGCCGGGGUUCCAGCCGGCGCCUGCGGCUGUUGUGGGGCUGGGUCAUGGCACGCCUGUUCCGCCGUACCGUGGAUCCCAGGACGGCAGCUACGGUCAUCUGGGGACAGAGCGGGAGCGGACGGUGACGGGUGCGGCUGCUGCGCCACCGUCGCCGCCACCGCCCGCUUAUACUGACGCGGACGAGCAUCCGAUGGCGCGGCAGCAGUCGCAGCCGCCGCCGCCCGCCCAUGACCUCUUGGGUAUGGACAGCAUGGAGGGCGGCAACGCCGGCGGAAGCGCCGCCGCUGCUGCUCCGGCCGUUCCUGCUGCUGCCCCUGUGGUUGAGGACUUGCUUGGCUUUGGCGAUGACAGCCAUAUCCCGAAUGGAAGUGGAAGCGGAAGCAUUCGCGCUGGCGGUGUCGUGCCUGCUGCUGCUACUACUGGUGCUGGUCCCGCUGCAGCGCCCGCUGUGGCCGCCUCCACGCCUACAAAGCCCUCCCAGCCGCCCGUCGUCCAGGCGCCGGCAGUCCAUGUCGACGAUAUGGACGAUUUUUUCUCCGGUGGCGGCCGGCAGAGCGGGAGCGGAACGGCAGCCGCCGCCACCUCGAGCACCUCCAUGCACCACAGCUCUUCUGCAGCCAGCCUGGCUGGCCGCGGGGGAGCAGCAACCUCCGCUGCUGCUGUCCCCACCAGCAGUAGCGCUAGCAAGACGUUGGGCGACUUCUUGCACGAUGAUGACCACCACGCCGGCGACCUAGGCGACCUUGACGUGUCGGGCUAUGCGGACCUGUACCGAGGAGAGCAGGGUGACGCUAAUGAGCCGGAGCUGCGGCGGCGGCUGAGGGAGCAGCGCGAGGCUGCCAAGCACGCCAAAAUGAAGGCCGCGUUGGCUGAGAAGAAGGCGAUGGAGGCGGAGGAGGCGGCGCGGCGGGAGCAGCAAGUGGCUCUAAAGGACCAGUACAAGGCCAACAUUGAGACGUGGAAGAACAAGAACAAGGGCAACAUCCGCGGCCUCCUGGGUUCGCUGCACACGGUGCUGUGGGCGGACAGCGGCUGGGCGCCCGUCAGCGUGGCGGACCUGCUGGAGCCAGUGCAGAUCAAGAAGGUGUACAUGCGCGCCAACCUGCUGGUGCACCCGGACAAGGUACGGCAGCGCAACGGCACCCCCGACCAGGUCGCCAUCGCAGACAUGGUGUUCGACGUGCUGAAGGAGGCCUGGAACGCCUUCCGGUAGCCUUCCUCCGGCUGGACCGUGGGUGGAUAGUUGUUAGUGCCGUACGCGGACAUCAUGACCGGCAGGAUCAUGACGAGGGCGGUUUUGUUCUUGGAGCACAGCUGCUGUGCGGAGCCGGUGCAUGUCUCCCUGGACUGAUUGAGGGCACAGCAAGGAGGGAG